AUGAAUAUCGCUACUUAUAUACCUCCAAAUGAACAGGAUCCAACUGAUUUAGCAUGGAUGCGGGAAGCACUCAAUAUGGCCGAAGAAGCAUUAGCCAAUGAUGAAGUUCCAGUUGGAUGUGUAUUCAUAAAAGAUGGAAAAGCCAUUGCCCGAGCUAGAAAUAGGACUAAUGAAUGGAGAAAUGCGACACUGCACGCAGAAUUGGAAGCUAUUGAUCAUCUUUUACCUACACAUCCAGCACCUUUAGACACUAUAACACUCUAUGUGACUGUCGAGCCAUGUGUCAUGUGCGCCUCUGCUUUGAGACAAAUAGGGAUAGGAAGAGUAGUAUAUGGUUGUGGAAAUGAUAGGUUUGGCGGAUGUGGAAGUGUAAUAGAUGUGAAUAGCUCCUCUCGUCUCGAUACACAUCCUGCAUAUGUAGCUGAAGGUGGAUAUUAUCGUGAAGAAGCUAUAAUGUUACUGAGGAGAUUCUACAUGUCACAAAACCCCAAUGCACCGAAACCCAAACAAAAAGCUUCAAGAGUAUUGAAAACUGAUAUAGCACCUAUCGCAUCCACUUCAUCAUCUAUCAAUACACCUUCUUCUUCCAGACCGCCUUCUACAACUCCAUCUCGAAGAACACAGUCUUCGAUACCAUCGGCUCCACAAUCAACUUCUACCCUUCCGUCAUCCUCUCCGUCAUCAAUAGAUACUACUACACCACUAGAAAUAACGACUGACGAGACACUGAACAAGGCCGUGUCAGACGCACUGGAAGUCGGAUCGCUGGACAGCGAAAAGACAAUCACGAAUAGAAUACUGCCAAUAGGUUCAACAAUGGUCAGUACACCUAUCAUGGGGUCUCAUCGAGAAUGA